CAGGGUUAAUACCAGUUUUCAAUGGAGAUCUGAUUUUAUUCUGAUUCUUGCAAUAAUGCAGGAUUAAAUAUCAAGGCUAAAUUGGUCGUGGAUAACGAGCUGAUAGCGAUUGGCUGUGUAAUUUGGAGCGAAUGUCCCGUUUAAUUUCAUCAUCGCGGUUAAUUGCGGUCUGCUAAUCGAACGAAAUAUAUAAUCGACGGAAGUUUGGGAGGUUCGAGUGUGCGAACGCAACGGGAGGAUCAGCAUGGUUCCAACCUUGUACAAGCAGCCAGUUUGUUUAACAUUCGUGUCUGCAUUGUUUGAAACGCCUGCGCGAAUUUCCUCGGGAAUGGACGUGGCAGUGGUAGGGGUAGCGCGGGAUUCAGGGUCGAAAUUGCACGGUGGUUGAAAAGCAUCGGACAUCAGUCGAGGACAGGCGGUCUCGCGUUUAAGUGGUCUAUCAAUUCCAUGUCGCCUUUGGUCCUGUUCUUUCAUUACGGAGUUCUGGCCAUCAUUUUCGGGAACGGUUUUGGGGAUGAACACGAAUACAGACUGACGAAAUAUCUGCUCGAUGGGUACGACGCCGGUGUACGACCAGCUAAAAAUUCCUCCCAACCGUUGGCAGUCGUCUUUGGCCUUUCUCUUCAUCACAUAAUCGACGUGGACGAGAAGAACCAGAUACUGACAACCAACUGUUGGGUGACGCAGGUCUGGACCGACCAUCAUUUGAAAUGGAACGCCUCGGAAUUUGCUGGGAUUCAAGUGAUCCGUGUUCCUUACAAUCGCGUCUGGAGGCCAGAUACGAUCUUGUACAACAACGCCGAUCCACAGUACAGCUCGGCGGUCAUCAAUACGAACGUGAUAGUCAGUCACACGGGCGAGGUGGUGUGGUUAAGCCACGGGAUAUUUCGCAGCAGCUGCGACAUCAACGUGGAGUUCUUCCCUUUCGACGAGCAACGCUGCGUCCUGAAAUGGGCCUCCUGGACGUACGAUGGAUACCAACUGGAGCUGGAGAGGCAAAGCGAGCAGGGAGACGUGAGCAAUUACCAAGCAAACGGUGAAUUCGACCUGGUCAAUUUCUCAGCGAGAAGAAACAUCGAGUACUACUCCUGUUGUCCGGAACCGUAUCCAGAUAUUACCUACGAGAUACGGCUACGACGACGACCGACAUUUUACGUCUUCAACUUGAUACUUCCGUGUAUACUGAUCAACAGUGUUGCCCUGUUGGUAUUCUACGUGCCGUCUGAAUCGGGGGAAAAAGUCACCCUCGGGAUUUCAGCGCUUCUCUCUAUGACGGUCUUCCUAAUGACUAUUCGCGAGACACUGCCGCCCACGGAGAAAACACCAUUGAUAAGUCUUUAUUACGGUGUCAGUAUAUGCCUGGUAUCGUUCGCUUCAGGAUUAGCAGUGGUCACCUUGAAUCUUCAUCAUCGUGGGGUUCAAGGUACCAGAGUGCCCGGUAUCGUUCGAUCGUUGGUUUUGGACAAGCUCGCCAGGAUAGUGUUUCUUAAUUUCCAGGAAGAGAAAAGAUCGGAGCCAGUCGAGCCGCCCAGAAGAAAAAACAAUUGCCCACUGCACUGCAAACCGGAGUUGGCCCAGUCGCAGUCGUCGCCCAAGUUCGUGACCAGAAGAGAGGAAAGUAACAGCAGCAGCCCUAGUUUAGAUCUUGGGAAAGAGAGCAGCCUGGAAGCUCAGUGGUUGCGCGUACUAGGAAGAGUGCACGCGACGAUCGAGAGGAACGAAAAGCGACUAGCGGAGCAGGAUCGUCGCGAACGAAUGGAAUUAGAUUGGAAACAGGUCGCACUGGUCAGCGAUCGAGCGCUACUUUGCGUUUUUUUCUUGACAACGAUCGUCAGCACCACCGUCAUCCUCUGUGGCUCUCCACCAACCACGAACAUCGCCAAAGAGGGUUAGAUUCGAGAGGGACGCUGAUAAGAAAAUUAAGUUAACCGAGCACGAGAUUCGAGUAACUUCGUUUCGAAUAAGAUCGAUGGAUUAGGUAUCGAGCAUUGGUAAUUAUAAGUAAUCUUUAGAGAUAAGAUGUAUAUCGUUCGUCUACUGGAGAUAAACUGCUGCGAAAAUAAAUUUUUUCUGUUUUGUGACAAUGUGUUUUUUUUUUAUUAAUUUCAGAUAUACUCUAUAUAAAAAUUCCAUAA